ACGUGUAGUUGCGGGAGUGAGCGCCAUGGAGUUAGUGAGUUGUCCGGAGCACGGCACUUUCUGUCUGCUGAAAACGGGGGUCCGCCCUGGCGUGAAUCAAGGGAAGAGCUUCUACUUGUGCGGGGUUCGAACCUGCAGCUUCUUAAGAGUUACCGAUAUUCCUGUGUCUCACUGCUUAUUGCAUGAAGGUUUUGUGGUGGAACUUCAGGGUUUGCUUACACCCCAGAGUAAGAAUGAGUACAGAUUGUUCUUCCGAUGCAGUAAAAGUAAGGCCGAGGGGAAGAAGUGGUGUGGAAAUGUCCCAUGGCAGGCCCCUACUCUCCAAGAGGAACAUGGUGUAGCCAGUCAGUCCCAGCCUGCGUCUAAGCCAUUUCAUUAUCCUUCCAGUGAGCAGAGAAACCCUUUCAAGGUACUUAACAAGAAUCAAGAACCUUCUCGCUGGAAACAGGCUAACAGUGAGAAAAAGUGGAAUGAUGAGAAGCCAAGCAAAAAGGAAGACCGGUUCUCGGAUCAGAAGAAGCAGCCGAAACCUGAAUCUGUGAAUGAAGAGAAGCCACAGGAACCUGAGUGCAGGAAUAAGAAGAUGGAGCAGAAACCCAAAUCUGACAGCUGGGUGGAGAAGGAUUUCUCUUCUGGCCUGGCACUUAACUCAAAGCAAGCUGCCAUUCAAGAGAAGCAGCGACUGGAGACAAGAGAGAAACAGAGUGAAACAAAAGAGAUCCCAGGAGCCCCCCAGAAAGAUCUUUUGGUGAUUUCAUCCAGAGAGGGCCACGGUGGUGACAGAACAAAAUCCUCUGUGUCCGUGCCUAAGAAACCAAAUGGGGAGGGCCACCUUGUGAAAAAAGGACCAGUACCUCCUAGAGAAAAGGAAAUCAGAACUUUGCCUCCAGUGGCUCCUAGUCAGAAUCCGAUAAGCAAGCCCCAAAAGAGCGAACCCCACAGCAAGGAGCACCCCAAGACUUUGGAGACAAGCAAGACAGAGGACAGUCGGGGCUCUCAGACCAUCGGGCAGGCGCAGCUCCCCGGGCAUGUCCAGGCUUUGCCAGGACCAGUCAGAGGUCCUGCAGCAUUGGCCACCGGGCUGUCCUGGGAAGCGAGGCGAGCUGCUGACCCCAGCAGCAGUGACAGCGAGGAAGAUGAGGCGGUCUCUGCGUCCCAGAUGCCAGGGAGCCCCUUGCUCUUCGAUGAGACUCCAAACUCUGGGGAAAAGGAGCAUCCUAAACUCUCUGCUCAGAGUGUGCAGAAAAACCCGUCUCUUGUUUCAAGCGUUUCCAAGAAGGUGGAAACUGUGGACCCGGUAGCCCGACGUGUGUACCUCAGCGCACAGCUGAAGCAGAAGAAGGGCACACUGGCAUCAGUGAACGUCCAGGCUCUUCCAGACAAGGGUCAGAAACUGCACAAGCAAAUUCAGGAGCUGGAGGACGCGCUUAGCUCGCUAGCCCUCUGCCCCGAGCAAGCAGACACUCCUGAGACAAAUAAUACUCAAGCACCACAACAGAGUAACUUCAGAAGUACCGCCGAUGUUCCCCACUUGGUGCCGCCUCAACCUCUGCAGGUCCAACAGCUCCAGUCUCAGCAUUCUCUGGGACUGAAAACUGUCGGAAAAAACAGCCUUUCGCACCUCGACCCGUUGCAUUCUGUGUGGAAAGUCACAAGAGAAGCCAUUGAGGAGCUACAUCAGUCCCUGAAGUCGCGUCCUGAUGAGUCCGCCAUGGUAGAGGACCCCGCUGGGUUGAAGUUCCCUUUGCUGAUGCAUCAGAAACAGGCGUUAGCCUGGUUACUAUGGCGGGAAAGUCAGAAGCCACAAGGAGGAAUUCUGGCGGAUGACAUGGGAUUAGGGAAAACCCUGACAAUGAUCGCACUCAUUCUCAUCCAGAAGAAUCAAGAGAGAAUCAAGGAGAAGGACGACACGACUUCAACUUGGCUUUCGAGAGAUGAGUCCUCUAUGGUUGUUUCUCAUGGAACAUUAAUUGUCUGUCCUGCUUCCUUGAUCCAUCACUGGAAAAAAGAAGUGGAGAAAUGCGUGUGCAAGAACAAACUCAGAGUCUAUCUUUAUCAUGGGCCAAACCGGGACCAGCGUGCCAAAGUUCUUGCUACGCAUGACAUCGUCAUCACCACCUACAGCAUCCUGGCCAAGGAGAUCCCUGUAAAGAAGCAAGAGGAAGAGAGCCCAGGUAGAGACCUUAGCAUGGAGAAGUCCUCAACACCUUUGCUUCGAAUAGUCUGGGCUCGGAUCAUAUUGGAUGAAGCUCACAAUAUUAAAAACCCCCGAGUGCAGACUUCCAGAGCUGUGUGUCAGCUACAGGCCCGAGCUCGUUGGGCAGUCACCGGGACCCCCAUUCAGAACAACUUGUUGGAUAUGUAUUCCCUGCUGAAGUUCCUCCAAUGUUCUCCAUUUGAUGACUUCAACCUGUGGAAGAGUCAAGUUGACAAUGGAUCACAGAAAGGAGGAGAACGGUUAAGUAUUGUGACGAAGAGCCUUCUGCUGCGGAGAACAAAGGACCAGCUGGAUUCCUGUGGCAAGCCCUUGGUGACGCUGCCCCAGCGUAAAUUCCAGCUGCACCAUCUCAAGCUUUCUGAAGCCGAAGAGUCUGUGUACAGUGUCCUUUUCGCAAGAUCAAGGUUAGCCAUGCAGUCCUACCUAAAGAGAUACGAAAGCGGGGACUACAAAACCGGAAGAAGCCCUGAAAACCCGUUUUGUAGAGUGGCACAGGAGUUUGGGCCCACUGGGUCUGCAAAUGUGGAUGUGGACUCACCGAGAUCCAGUACUGUUCACAUCUUGUCACAGUUGUUACGUCUCCGCCAGUGCUGCUGUCAUCUGUCGCUGCUGAAGUCGGCCCUAAAUAUGACAGAGCUGAAGGAAGAAGGCCUGGUCCUCUCCCUGGAAGAGCAGCUUGGUGCUCUGACUUUGUCCGAACUCCAGAUGUCAACAACCUCUUCCAUGGUGUCCCUGAAUGGCAAAUGUUUCCAGGCGGAGCUGUUUGAAGACAGGAGAGAAAGCACCAAGAUUUCAUCUCUGUUGGCUGAGUUGGAGGCAAUCCGAAGACACUCAGGGUCCCAGAAGAGUGUCAUUGUCUCCCAAUGGACCAGUAUGCUGAAAGUUGUCGCGUUGCACCUCAAGAGGCAUGGACUUACCUAUGCCACCAUCGACGGUUCUGUCAACCCUAAACAGAGAAUGGAUUUGGUAGAGGCAUUCAACAGCUCCAGGGGCCCUCAGGUCAUGCUGAUCUCUCUCUUGGCUGGAGGUGUUGGUUUAAACCUGACUGGAGGAAACCAUCUUUUUCUUCUGGAUAUGCACUGGAAUCCAUCACUUGAAGAUCAAGCUUGUGACCGAAUUUACCGAGUAGGACAAGAGAAAGAUGUUGUCAUACACAGGUUUGUUUGCGAGGGAACAGUAGAGGAAAAGAUCUCGCAGCUCCAAGAGAGAAAGAAACACUUGGCUAAACAGGUGCUGUCCGGGUCUGGAGAGUCCAGGACCAAGCUCACCUUGGCUGACCUUAGACUCCUUUUUGGCAUCUGACUCCUGUUCAUCGGCUCCAGCAUAGCAGAGUAACACUCUUCUGGUCCUAGUAAGGUGCAUUAGAGGCUCUCUGAGCUUCCCUAAGCAUUUAAUUUCACUGUUGAGACUCAUAGCCCCAUCUGAGAAUGAGACAGGAUCUCUCAGAAUGAAAGAUCAGUUAGCAGUGGGGUUGAUAAUUGGAUAUUAAAUGGCCUGUGUUGGCCAGUCACAUUCAUCACCUUCAUAGAUUGCAUAGAAACCAGUGAGCUAACUACUUCAGCUGCAAGAAAAUGCAUUUGCGUUUCGCACUUUUGGAAAACAACUCGGGGAGCUUUGUAUAUAAGUUUCAGUUAAAGUUCAAAAUACUUUCAUCUGUCUUUUUUUACAAUAUUUUUAUUUUUACAAAUUGACAGUAUUUGUAACACUUAAAGCUCAAAAUCUAUCUUUUUGUGUGAUAUUUUUAUUUUUAUAAAUUGACAGUAUUUGUAGCACUUAGUAUUGUAUAUUUAGUAUUUGUAUUAUAACUGGCAUGAUGAAUAAAUCUGUCCUUGACAGCAUA